AUGAAAAAUCAUAAAUUUAAAUUAAGAUUUAAACCGUUCACAAUAUUUGGUGGAAUAUGUACACCGGCUAUUGGUUAUAAUGAUCCAAUGCAAAUUCCAAAUAUAUUAUCAAAACAAGAACAAUUAUGUUUUAUACAAGCUGUACAAAAUGAUAAUAAUGUUACAUAUAAACUAAUGAAUGAUGGUUAUUUAGUAAUGGAUAUAGAUUUUAAUAAUUUCUGUGAUAUUUAUCAUUUAGUAUUUCCUUUUCUCAAUUCUAAAUGUCCAAGUACAUGGAAAAAAGAUGUACAUAUUACAGUUACAUUAAUUGAUGAAAAUGAUAAAGAACUAAGUAGCACUGAAUUCGAAGUUGUCAGUUGUGCCAGUCCUAUACGUGAUGCGCGUCGUUAUCAACAACGUCAACGUAUUGCAGAACUGGAAUUUGCAGAGAAGAAUUUGCACAAAACUACUGUUAGUGCUGAUAGUUUAUUUGAAUGGGAUCAUCAGACAAGUCAGUCGCCCAAUUCGUCUGGUUUUGGUAGUCUUUAUUCUCCACGACCAUCGAUCACAUCUGAAGAAGAUCAUUUCAACGAGUUACAACUUUACUUGGCUCGAAAUGAGGCAUCCACUCCAUCGCAACAUAUAUCUCCAUCUGUAACUACAGAUUCUAUUGCUAUUGGCACUACUAACAAUAAUAAUAGUAGUAUAAGUGAUGUGGAUAAUCAGAAGUCCGAUAUUUUAUCACCAUCGACGUUUAAUGAUGAAUUAAUUGACUUGUCUAGUUGGGAUCGGUUGGAGAAAUUGAAACAAAAACGUUGA